AACUUCCUGAAUCGCUAGUCUGCAACAAGGAAUUAUACUCUUUACACUCGAGAAAUCUGUGGAUAAAAUGGAACGCUUUAGUAUCUUCUUCGUUCUCUGCUCUCUCGCAAUUCUAGUGGCAUCGGCAUCCACCAGCUCGUCAACGACAACUGAAACUUCGAGGAGCAAUGGAUACGACACAAGAAACAUUAUCGAAAAACCUCAGGCAAAUAUACUAAAGUCAAAGAGUGUAAAGAAUAAUUCUGAAUGUUCUUUGGUGAGCCAGAGCAACAUGAAAGGUGCGGUUCAAAUUGGAGAACAGCCUGCGACUUUAUAUUUAAAUAAAAUAUCAAAUGCAACCACAAUUCCAACCGUCAGCUUGUCGGACAACUAUACGAAGGAUGUAAAACGGAUUGAGAACCGGGAAGAUGAUGCGUCUCCGUCAAAUCACAAAAAUCGAUCGGAUGAUAUACUGGAUCUUUCUAAUAUAAUAUUGGCUCGACUGACUCGCCAGGCUGAAAAAAGCAAUACAGGUUCCUCUAAUCCUUCAUCGGUCGAGAACAUCGCCGAGUCUGACAUCGAGAGCGAAAAUAUUGGUUCAUCGCGAGAAAGAUCGAACCUCGAGGGUGAUCUUAACGUAGCUGAAGAUAGAUAUCGGUUUCAAUAUCCUUAUUGGAAUCGAGGGCAGUUUGCAAAUCAAAGAUAUCGGGCAAACGAUAGAAGGGAACCUUUUCCUAAUUACUUGAAAUAUCCUGUAUUUCCAGGAAAAUAAAUUCUAAAGAUUUGAUUUUUUUUUCUCGUUCUUUAAAGAAGAUUUGUAUAUAAUCAACUUUUUACAGUGGACAUGUUCUGAAAAAUAAUGUAAUGGAAAAAAAAUCUUUUUAGAAGAAUAUUGCG